AUGGCCACUACUGCCUCUGCUCCUGCUCCGAUGGACGUCGUUGUCACUGAGGCGGAUCAGAAGCAGGCCGACAAGCUCAAGGACGAAGGCAACGCUGCAUUCAAGGAUGGCAAGUGGCAGCUGGCGAUCGAAAAGUACUCGGCGGCCAUCGAUCUCAACCCGACUCUCGCGCCGUACUUUGCCAACCGUGCGUUCGCCAACAUCAAAGCCGAGAACUAUGGCUAUGCCAUUGCGGAUGCGACCAAGGCCAUUGCGCUUGAUUCGCAGUUUGUCAAGGCAUACUAUCGUCGUGCCACUGCCAACAUGGCGCUGGGACGAUUCAAGGACAGCUUGAAGGACUUGCAAGCAGUUGUCAAGGUCGCGCCGAACGACAAGGAUGCCCAAACAAAGAUGCGCGAGUGCGAAAAGAUUGUCAAGCGCAUUGCGUUCGAAAAGGCGAUCGCUGCCGACGACAAGAAGCCCUGCAUCGAUAUGGCGGAAGUGAAUGAUCUGUCCAUCGACAACUCGUACGACGGCCCGCACCUCCCCGAGCAAAUUACCUCCGAGUUUGUGCUCGCCAUGAUUGAGCGAUUCAAGCAGGAGAAGCGUCUCGACCGCAAGUACGCGUACAAGAUUCUGCUGCUGGUCAAAGACUACUUGAUGAAGGUGCCCUCGCUCGUCGAGUGCGAGCUUUCCAAGACGACUCAAAAGUUCACCAUUUGCGGUGAUGUUCAUGGUCAAUUCUACGAUUUGAUGAACAUUUUUGAAAAGAAUGGCCUUCCUUCCGAGGACAAUCCUUAUCUCUUCAAUGGUGACUUUGUCGACCGAGGAUCAUUCUCGCUCGAGGUCAUUUUGACGCUGUUCGCGUUCAAGCUGCUCUACCCCAACCACUUCUUCCUGAAUCGUGGCAACCACGAAACUGACAACAUGAACAAGGUUUACGGUUUCGAUGGCGAAGUCAAGGCCAAGUACAGCGAUCGCAUGGUCACCCUGUUCCAUGAGGUCUUCCUGUGGCUGCCCCUCGCGCACGUUGUUGCUGAGAAGGUUUUGGUUGUUCACGGCGGUCUCUUCUCGGACGACAACGUCACACUGGCAGACAUCAAGGCCACAGAGCGAAACCGUGAGCCUCCGGAUUCGGGCAUCAUGUGCGAGAUUCUUUGGUCGGAUCCUCAGCCUCAGCUCGGCCGCGGCGUCAGCAAGCGCGGCGUUGGUGUCCACUUUGGCCCCGACGUGACUCGCAACUUUUUGGAGCGCAACAACCUCUCGUACAUUGUCCGCAGUCAUGAAGUCAAGGACCUCGGAUACGAGGUCGCCCACAAUGGCAAAUGCAUUACGGUGUUCUCUGCACCGAAUUACUGCGAUCAAAUGGGCAACAAGGGUGCCUUCAUCACUCUGGGUCCUUCUUUGGAGCCCAACUUUACGACGUUUGACGCCGUGCCACAUCCGAACGUCAAGCCCAUGGCGUACGCAUCUGGCGGUAUGGGCAUGUUCUAA